AUGCCUGGAGCCGACAAGAGAUCAAAGAUUAUUGUUCAUUUCUCGGGUACUUUUCUCGGAAAAAAGACAUUGAAUAUAGGAUUCAGGUCUUUAAUCGCAGAUUGGAAAGACAUAACAUUUAUAGAUUUAACUACAGAUUGGAGAGGUCCAGCAUUCGGAGAUUUAACUGUAAAAAACUAUGUAUAG